AUGCAGGUUCCAGCUGGAACGUCUCGUCAGAGUUACCCAGCUACCACCUAUCAGGACUUCAGCAACUGGGAGUCUCUAAUGAAAAUUAAAGAGGGGCUGCUAAGACAGAAAGAAAUAGUGAUUGAUCGGCAAAAGCAGCAAAUUAACAACUUAUGUCAGAAGAUAAGGGAGAAUGAAUUACGAGCUCAACAUGCAAGACUGAGCUACCUUGUGAACUGUGAAGAACCUUACAUGACUAAUUUGCAGCAACCCCAAUAUGAAAGCACACCACUACAACCUCACGUUUCAGAGCGAUCAGCAUCUCACCGUGAGGAGCUUGAGCGAAAGAUUGCAGCAGCUGAGAAUAAGGAAUUACAACUCAGUGAACUUGUAAAACAAAUUUCAAACAAAUCUAGUGAGGAGAAGAAGAAGAUGGAGGAGAAACUUAAAACUAGAGACCGAUAUAUUAAUAGCCUGAAAAAGAAAUGCCAGAAAGAAUCUGAGCAAAACAAAGAAAAACAGAGACGAAUUGAAACCCUAGAAAAAUAUCUGGCUGACCUGCCAACACUGGAUGACAUAGAAGGGCAGGCUAAACAGCUUCAAAUUCUAGAAGAGAAGAACAAGCAACUUCAAGAAACUAUGACUGAGUUAGAAAAGAAGCUUGGAGAGGCUCGAUCACAGUGCAGAGAGAGAGAAUUGCAACUGGUGUGCCAGAAGAAAAAGGAAAAAGAACUGGUCACAACAGUACAGAGUUUACAACAGAAAGUAGAAAAAUGCCUGGAAGAUGGUAUUCGCCUUCCCAUGUUGGACACAAAGCAGCUUCAGAGUGAGAACGAAUGCCUCAGAGAGAAGAAUGAGAAAGCCAGUAAGGUCAUAGACAAUCAACAAAAUCAGAUAGCAGGACUGAUUUCAGACAUGCAGUCUAUGCAAGAAAAGCUUUUGCAAGAAAAGCUGAUAGUUCAGAAGAUGACAAAUGAACUUGAAGAAAAAGAAAGGAAUAUAGAGCAGUUAAAUAAAACUCUCUCUGAAAACCAAAGACUGGUGGAGGAGAACGCCUGCCUGAAGGAGCAGAUGCGGGAGGUGGAGCAGUCCAGGCAGCCAGUAUCUGAGAAGAUGCCUAUAGCAGACCAGUUGUUCAAGGAAAUGUCCCACUGCUUGUUUGACUUGAAAGCACUGUGCAGUAUUCUUACCCAGAGAGCUCAGGGCAAGGAGCCGAACCUUUCCUUACUGCUGGGAAUCAGAUCGCUGAGCUGUUCAGCUGAAGAGAAUGAGAAUUACCACAGCACAGAAACCCUUUCGAAGAAGCUCUUGGACGUUUGUCAGCUACGAAAGGAUAUUGAUGAAUUAAGGACUAUAGUGUCGGACCGUUACGCUCAGGACAUGGGGGACAAUUGCAUUACUCAAUGACAACGUUUCAUCUGGUAUUAAAUGACUUAUUAAAUGCUGCUGUGUCACAGG